UUUCCAUCGUCAGUUCUAGAAGUACUUUUCUCCGGGCAGCAUCAUCUCCUCGAGUGCAAUUUCAGUUGGGAAAACUCGGGACGGGAUUUCCACACAUAAAGUUUUUCAGUUCGGGGUUUUUCUGGGGAAAAAGGAUAUAAUAUGGCAGCAACACAAUAGAACUGCUGGAAGCAAUAAUGUGACAACCUGCUUCGUGCGUGAUAAUUUGGUGCUUUUUUGGUGGUGUUUCGUGAAAUCGUGCGUGCGUUUUUGUGGGGUUUGUUUUUGUUGGCUCUCGAUGGGCAAUCGAUUCGGAUGAAAAAGGAUGGUUUUGCGGAUGGAUGCUUAGUUGUUUUGGAAAGUGCAGAGUUUUUAAGUGUUGGAUUCAUAGCAAGGGUCAGAACAAGCUGUGAGGACAUGUGAUUAGCCGAGACGUGGACAAAUGCGACAUUUUUGGAUCUUCUUCGAGGAGCGUAAGCCAGACUAGAUUCGUAUCCAACCAACAAGCUAGGGUAUUCACAAAACGAGCAAUGUGUUUGAUUGAGAAUUGUUCUGAUGGAGGAAGUCCAGGAAUUUGAGUUUGAAACGAGCUUUUGAAGGAUUGGUUUUUGGGAUGAGCUGCUUAAUCUGGAAAAUCUUCGGUCAUUAGCUGGAAAAUUGAUGAAAAUUUUUCCUGGUUGUAGUUGUGUGUGAGUUUUUGAGAAGACAAGAGAAAGGAAAAGAAGUGCGUAUAUCACUGUCAUAUGUGUCCCUAAACUGAGAGCAAGCCAAACAGGAGCAAACUUCUCUCGUCCGAGUCAUUGACAAAGCUCGUGCUCAGCGCGGAGGAGCACGUGUGUGUAGCCCUGCAAACCAUUACAAACUCAGCGAUCGAUACAGACCGAAUUAUCACAACAGAAAGGUACAAAAACACUGCUCCCCUAAAUAAACAAAGCGAAAGGAUAAUAAACUCUUUGUUCCGACGCAGUAACUGAAGGUUGUUCUGGUAUUGGUGGUGAAGAGAAGUGGUAGUGCUGCCCGACUGCAUUCCGGAAGGCAUUGUUGUAGCUUCGAUGCAGUUUUCCAGUUGCCAACAAUAACUGUAAAACGAGGAAAUCAGUGACCGUCGCAUUCGGUGCCCGAGGAGACUAGAUAAGGACGGAAAAAAACCGGGAGCUUGCAGAGGGAAACCAUGAUUAUGAUAGCUGGCGUUGACAAUUACCUAAACGUUCCCAUGGAGACCACCACGUUCCUCGGAGCGGCUCUCGGUUUCAUCGCCCUGCUGCUGGUCCUGUUCCUGUACAUCAACCGAAAGUGGUGCUUCGCCACGCCCGGAUCCUUCCCAUGUUGCGACGAGGGCACGCUGCCAGCCAAAACGGUGCACACUAUCCGAAGCCGCUUCGCGUACGACGGCAACUCAAGCUCCGACUCAGAGGAGGAAAUCCUGCGGAGGCUGAAGCUACAGCAAUCCUGCAGCUUGCACAGUGGCCAACUGUCACGGUAUGGGGCGGGCGUGUUAAGCCCUCUGGACGCGGAUCCAGCGUCCGGUUUCGGUGGUUUGCAGCAUGUUACCAUCGGAGCACCCGGUGGAGUAGGAGAUCCAGAGAAGGGUGGUGCGUCUCUGGUGCGGAAGGAGAGCAGCAAAAAGCACAGCCAUAACCACCAGCAUCACCACCACCACAACCAUCAUCGGCAUGGAUCGUCGAGGGAUCCGCUGGCACAAGCGGAAAGGGGAAGAAUUGGAAUGCCCCAUUCGAGUAGCGAGUGCAGCUCGAACAGUUCCGUGGAGAGCAAUACGGGAUUGGUGGGGGGAGAGAAGAAAGAUCGAAGGCUGAUACUACAGUCGGCCGCUGGACGGGUGCCCAUUAGUUUAGAGAGUCCUUCCAAAGAGAAUGCUGGAGAUGGAAAGAAGGAUUUGGGGAACAGCAACGGGGAAACGGUUUCGUCGAACACGAAGUAUACGCGGGUACCGGUGCAGCACCAGGAUAGUUUGGAGGAUAUGCCGGAUAUCAAUAGCAAUCAGGAUUGUAUCGUUGUCCUCUCGCAAGAGCCACUUUUCGACACCAGUGAUUUGAAGUCCCUCAAGUCCGACACGGGGACGAUCGGACCCGGUCCGGAGAGUCCAACCUCAACCAGCAACCCCAACGGUGUGCUGGAAAUAUCCCUUCUGUAUGAUGCUCCGAUGCGCAAGAUGACAGUGCACGUGCUACAAGCCCGAGGUAUUCCAUCCCGUAGCAGUGGCAGCAACAGUCAGCCGCCGGUUUCCGGUUCCAAUCCGACCGAGGUUGCUGCGAAUGCGAAAAGUUCCCAGACGACAACUCACACCCAGGUGCGGCUGCUGAUGUUACCGAGCAAGAAGCAGAAGCACAAGACCAAGAUCCGCUCCGGGGAGAAUCCACAAUUCAUGGAAAGUUUCCUGCUACACCGAGUCAACCCGGAGGAGGUCAAUUCGAUGGGUUUGCGGAUUCGGGUGUACGGGUGCGAGCGCAUGCGACGAGAGCGGUUGAUCGGGGAGGCGAUUGUUAGCUUCGCCAAUAUCGAUUUGGAGCUGGAAACGAAUCUUUGGUUGCCGCUGGAACCGAGAGCGAAUUCAACGAACAAUGGCUCCACGAGUGACCUGCUUAGUCUGGCUCGAUCGGACAGUACGGGAUCAACGACAUCUAUGCAGCAUGGAGGCGUUCCGGAGCUUCUGCUUGGGCUUGGUUACAAUGGUACCACGGGAAGACUUACGGUUGAGAUCGUGAAGGGUAGUCAAUUCCGGAACCUUGCGUUGAACAAAGUGCCAGACACAUACGUAAAGUUAUGCCUCGUCAACAGUAUGGGCCAGGAGAUGGCCAGAGCGAAAACUUCCACUCGGCGGGGCCAACCCAAUCCUUUGUUCAAAGAAACGUUCAUCUUUCAGGUGGCCUUAUUCCAGUUGAACGACGUCACCCUGAUGGUGUCGGUGUACGCGAAACGGAACAUGAAGCGCAACGAGAUGGUCGGCUGGUUCAGCCUGGGGCUCAACUCGAGCGGUCCGGAGGAGAACGGCCACUGGGGGGAUAUGCGGGACGCGAUGAACCCCCGCUCGGAACUGGUGACGCGAUGGCACGUGCUGGUGGAUUCCUGAUUCAACUAGCUAGGGCUCUCCCCUCGGCAGAGCACGGUCAUCAGCGAGGAUAUCACCGAGGUGACGGUGACGGGUGGCCGCCACAAGUCGCACAAAGUGCGCCGUAGCUCCUCCAGUGGUGGAGGUGGUGGUGGUGGUGGCAGUGGUGCGGGAGGAUCGCUGGCACCAUCUGCCCGGGACGAGUGGCAACCCAAACCGUCCAAUCGGGACUCGGUAGCCGUCGAUAUCUCAAUGAUGCCUGGGAGUGACCUACUGGAGUUUGUCUAAGCUUCAAGUUUGGGUGUUUAUAUACACUGAAAAUGAGAGAGUGAGAGAGAGAGAGCGCGUUCGCGAACGAAUGAGAGCGAAGUCGAGAAAACGAGUGAGAGAGAUUGAAAGCAAUGGAGUUCAAUGUUUGACAGGUGUGCAGAUGUAACUAUACCUAGAUGUGACAUUCAUUUGUUUCCACAUUUUAACCCAUCGUGGUCACUUCAGUUUGAAACCAAACCAUUUUUGAUGUUUGCAUGUAACUCACACAUUAGGAUUAUGAUUCGAACUCUGAACGUUAAUAUUUGACCCAAUCAAACGGAAGUCAUAUACAUGUGAAUUCUUACUAAAGUAUAUAUAUUUAGCACACAAGCAGUCUCUAGAAUUUGGAAACGACACCAAUGAGAGAGAAGCAUUGAAGACCAGAGGUCUUGUUGUGAAAAAAUUGAUAAUUGGAAAAGCUUUUUAGCGGAACGGAUAUUCGGGGGUAAAAAACACAAGAAGCACAAAUUUAAGGGGUGGGAUUAUAAGAAAUAUUUAUAUCUUUUUUGAAACAAUUGGAACGAUAAGAAACAAAAUUAUACAGUUUCAGUUUAUGGUGUUAGGAAACAUUGGGCCACUUAAUGAAGCACGCCGCGUCAUUUUGGAAGCGGGAUCCAAACCGGGCGUGAUUCAUUUGCCCCUUCACUAAUAGUUCGUACCUGUUUUUGUAUCUAAAUUCUGUCCUGUUCUCGUCACGAAGACGGGAGAGAGAAUUCUAUUUUAGGAAACUGAAACAAAAAAAAAACGAAAAUAUAAACGCUAUUUUGGAUACAAACCACAUUGGAACGUAACCACUAACUAAUUGGGAGCUAACCUUAGUUUGUUUUCGGUUUUGGAAGCAAAAAGAAUAUUAAAUAUAUCUAUAUUUAUUGGGAUCAGUAGAGAGACUAUAUUUUAUACUGAUUGAAACGAACAAAUCAAAUAUUACAGAGGUUAGAAGGCAAAGGAGAGCAGGAGCAAAAAAAUAUAUGAUAAAAUUUAGUACCUUUCAAAGGAAAUUUACUGUAAACUCAAUCGCGCACACACACAUACAUUUAUUGUUAAUGAAAUUAUCUCGUAAGGGAGACAAGAAACCUACUAUUUAACAACAACCAUCUCAAACAAGUGACAUACUCUAAUGUAUUUUUAUACACCGCGAAACCCGGUUCAUUUGUGUCGAAUGGGCUGUCCGGGGAGGGCAUAUGCAAAGGCAGAAGAAGCAACAAAGACUAAGCGAAAUUUGCGAGAGGUUAGGUGACCAAUUUACAGUCGGAGUAAUGAAACAGAAUUAGAAGAUUUCCCACCCUCCCACGCUUUGGAAUUAGUUACGAGGUUGCAUUCGGUUAGCAUAUGUUUUGUUUCCUCCAUUCGGAAAAAAAAAACAAAAUUAGACAAGUAGCAAAAUUUUGAACGACACGAAUAGUAACCUAUUUGAUCAGAGACCGAAGUAAUUGUCAAAGACUGUUUUUAGUGAAAUGAGGGGACAUUGAAGCGAAGCAAAAGUAAAUUUGUGGGAAAAGGUCCGGGUUAGGAUUAAAAUUUGUAACUGUAGUUUAUACUAUAUAUCAAAAUUAACGCAACUUAGUGAAUCUUAAAAUUGGUAGUACUAAGGUAAUGGGGAUUAAAGUUUUGGUAAUUGGAGUUUGGCAACAAAAUACAGUGCGGCCAGAAAUUGGCGAAACGGAAACAAUUGGUAAAUGAUAACUAUACAAAAGAAAUGCUUUAAUAUUAGCUGAAGGAGCAGAAACAAUGUUACGGUCAAUUAAGGAGGAGUUUAUUGAUUUCCAUUGAUUUAUUUACAUUUGCGAGUUUCUAGCUCUGAAAGUCGCCUCGCCUCAGAGGGCGGCCAGUUCUUUUAGGCAUGAAGCAAAAAUCACAUGGUUGAUAGGACAAUGUACGAGACACUACUAGGAACAUUUUUCAACUCCCCAUCAUUAACUAUGAACCAUCCAGUAGAAGCCAAGGUUGAUAGCCUCGAAUGGGCAGCGAUAGGAAUGAUUCGGACGUCGUCCAGUUCUGUGCCGAAGUCUCAAAAAACGUCGCAGAUUUUGUUUUGUGGAUUUUGUUCAUUGCUGCAAAUGCGGAGAGGCACGGUCGAAACCAGUGUUUGAAUGGUUGGUUACGCUAUUUUACCAUUACUUGAUCCGGAUCUGGAUGAAUUUCAAGAAGCUUAAUUAUUUUUCAAGCGCUUAAGAUUAUUGAAAUUUAUUCUAGAUCACGAUUUUUUCCACGAACGAUUAGCUGCCAGUUGUACUGAAACCGAGGUGACGAAAAAUGAAUUUAUUACGAUAAUUUGAGGUAACACCGAGGUUGAUAAUCCAUUGUGAUUAGACAAUCGAAUUUGAGAACAACUUAUUUAUUAUCAAUGCUACAUUAUAUCAAUUAGAAAUUCAUACUAUUCUUCAAAGCAUUUAUAUCGUGCGUUCUUCUUGUUGUGUUGCAACACGGGGUUGCCAAGUGUUUUUAAGUAAAGUUUGGAUGCGGGUGAAUAAAAAAUCUGGAUUUGUCUCGAAAUUUAUGAAAUAGAUGUUUUUGAUACAUAUGGAACGGUAUAUUUUUAGAGGCGAAUGAACUGCAAAGUUUAAAGCCUCUUAAAAACAAAGAAAGAAGAAGAUGGAACGGUAUACCUAUCAUACAUUGAAACACUACUUUGAAACAAAUCUGGUACCGUUCGAAAAAGUCGCUAGACUCUACAUCUACAUGAUAAGCAUUCGUUACGAAACUAAAAGAGGUUCGUAGAGCAUCAAACCUACCAAGGGCUCUCUGAGCAACUGCUUCUAAUAACAGUCAUCUUUUCGCGCAUGGAUGUGACAUCCUCAGAGGAUUCAUUUUCAGAAAUUCAUGAAUCUCAUCAAGUUUUCCGUAGAAAUCCGGACGAAUUAUGAAAAAGUUUGGACUAGACAAAGGACAGUCUGGAUGUCUGGAUAAUCCGUAAAAGGCUGGCACACUCGCUUUCUAACCAGGGGUUGACAAUUUCGAAACCAAAAGAUGAAAAUGAUUUUUUUUACUUCUUCUUUCUCUCUCUAGUAAACUUCAAUUUCGAUUGUGUGUAUCCACUACGCAUACUGAAACAUCGUUUCUUCAAUUUCGUUUCUUUCACUUGACGAUUAAAAGUGCCCUAUUAACCCUUUGCGAUCGUGUGAAAUUUGGGCAUGGGUGUCGUACUGGUCGGAAUUAUUUUCCCUUGAACAAGAUGCAAGAUUAUGAAAAAUAAACUUUUUUUUUUGUUUUUUUGUGAACUAUGUACGUAUUAAUCAGUGUUUGGAUUUCGAUCAAAAUCGAAUGAUACACACUGUGUCAUGCAAGUAAACUCUCACGAACAUAUAACCAAAUAUGAGAGGAUCAUUCAGAUACUUGUAUGAAUGUCAGCAAUCACUUUUGUAACAUUUAGUGAUUAAACUAAGAGAGGAACGAAGACUGUUGUUUGCAUAUUCGAGCUGUAUCAAACAUGGCACACUAUUUUCGAAGCCUGCAUACAAGUUUGAACCGCAUAUAUCGUCCCAUUUUACUAUAGCGAAACCCACUGCACAGACAAGUGCAAAACAAUAAAUGAUACAAGAAAAAUUACGUCAUCAUUACGUCACCAUUUGCGGAGAGCAGCGAAUGGGAAAAGAGAUAAAACGCGAGAGUUUUUACUUCUCACUGGAGCGGUGUUGCUAGUAAAACUAUGCGGUCUAUAUGAAUAUACACAUUUCUCGCGCAACUUUUGAAAAGGUCCUAUGUAACAAAUGUAAACAAAUCGAGUUAAGGGAUGCACGCCAUUAGUUUUCAUUCAUUGAAUGCAUUACAAAAACAAUCGUUCACGUAUCUAUCUUGUUCAUCUUUUUAUCACCGAUACAAAAAAUAUCCAAUGUACAUAUUCGGAUUUUGAGCACUCGGCUGUUACUUCGGACGCCACUUUCCUCUGACGCUCGAAAAGUCCGAAGUAACAAAGCAGUCAAAACAAAACGAAGUCGUACUUCGGUCGUUUUGAGUUUUUGUUUCUUUCAGGUGUUGUUAUCGAUUUCAGUGCUAUUCAACGAGUGAUAACAAUAAUAAUCUGUCUUUAGAACGAUAUGCUGAUAUUUGGAUUGUUGUUUAGUAGUUAGUUUCAAACUCUUAUCGUGCAACGCAAUAUGUCCAAUGUGCAAACGCGGGCAUUCAAAAUGUCCAAUGUAACAUUUUUCGCUCCGAGGCUUCAACUUUAAGCUUAAAUCACGAAACAACAGUUACGAUUGGUUUUUCAAAGGUAUUAUUGACUGCUAGUGGUGAAAGUACUGAUAAAGAUCGAUACCUUCUAAGACAAUUCGCGGAAUAAUGUUUGGGUCUUCAACUUCGUUUUUCUCGAGUUGAGGAAAAUGUUACAUUGGACCUUUUCAAAAGUUACGCGAGAUUUCAAGGGAUAGAGGCGUUAAAAUGGAAAAUAUAAUCUGACUACCCUUCCCUUAGUCUCUAUCGAGCUAAAUAAUCAUAUAGUUUGCACUCUCUGAGACUUAAAAAUCAGGAUCUGCUACAUUAGCUGAAGAUGAAUCUUUCGCUUUGCGUUGUCCGUACGAUCCUGCUGUUUCAUGAUGCAUGGAGAGGUCGGUAUGCAUAUGUUAGAGCAGUGGUUUUUUAACCUUUUCUGCUCCAUGCCCCCCUUUUCCAAAUUCGUCCAAGUCCUUCCCCCCCCCCCCCUCAUAUCAGAAGAAAGUGAAAGAAUCGAUCAUUGUAGUCCAGAACUCGCAUUGUGAUUUGUCUUCAAAUAAAUCUUUCGCAGCAGAGUCGUUUUGAAGGUCGAUGAAUUCGUCCUGAAAUUGAGCGGGAACUUUAGUCACUGCCAGUCGGAAAGGAUUUCGAGCCAGGUCCAGAUCUUGUUUUUUCAUAUCAGGAAAAUAUGUUUCGAAUUCAACAUGGAGUGAUGACAAAUGCUGCACAAUCUCAUUUUUGAUGGUCUUUGGUACUAUUUUUUCGUCUGUUCCACUCAAUCACUGAUGAAACUCUUUCGAAGAUUGCGAAGUUGUUCAGCCUUAUGUUUCCAAUUCUGAAGUUCGUCGAGGAACGCAUUUAGCGAAUCAAUCAAAUCUAUGAUGGAGGUUUGACUUCCAAAUAUAUCAGCCAGUAGGUUAAUUGUAUGAUCCAAUCAGGGUUGCUUACCACUACCAAAAGAUCGCUUUUUUCUUGCAGCUUAAGAAAAGAUUUCACCUUAGUUCUCAAUUCGAAAAACCGAUCUGUUACAUUUUCUUUUCGAAAGCCAACGAACAUUGGUAUGAUACAAUAGCAUCUGGUGAUUAGAAUCCAAACUUGCACAAAAUUGUUUGAAAAGUCUCGAGUUCAAUGCACUUGAUUUCACAAAAUUUACAGUUUUGAUUAUUUGCUCCAAAACAACAGUUAAAGAUUCUGGUAGUGUUUUGGGAGCUAGAGCUUGUCUGUGUAUCAUGCAAUGGAUUCCUUUUAUCUUUGGAUUAAGUUUUUUAACACUUGCCUGAAAUACUGACUUGUUUCCCAUCAUUACUGGUGCACCGUCAGUACAGGGACCGCAAACAUUAUCCUAAGAAAGUCAGUAGAAUCGAAGAAUGAACUUACUUUCGCCAAAACGUCAGAACCUUUUGUUGUUGAUUCGAGGGGGAACAUAACAGGAAUUCUUCCUUGAUGGCAUUACCGAGUACACGAAACCCAAUGAUUGAAUUGCAGCCAAUUUUUUCCUAGUACGAUUUCCACCAUUUUCAUUGCACAAGGUUUAAUGAGCGUUUCUCCGAUUGUAUGAGGCUUUUUUUGCCUCGCAAUCUCCAAUGAAACGACAUACGAUGCUUCAACAAUUUUCGAAUUUGUAGAGAAGAAAUUUCCGGUUCUAUCCAUCUUCAUCAUUUUAACAUUCCGUUUACUUCGUUCGAAGAAAUCUACUUCUUUAUCCGAGUAUUGAAGGUGUGUUUUGAAAUACUGCUUCAAUUUACAUGUUUUCAUGGAGUCAUUGGUGAGGAUUUUCAAGCAAAUCAAACAUUGCGGUCGUUCCUCCUCAUUCACAAUGAUGAGAAGCCGAACUGAAGAUACGAUAUGUCGUACUUCCUUAUUUUAGAAGCCAUAGCUAUGUCCUGCAAAAAAAAACAUAACAUUUACCAUGAUGAAGAAAAUUACGUAUUCAAAAUCAUACAAAUCGUGAACGUAAAGUUUCAGUACGAUUUUUUCCUCACUCAGAAAGUCCACAAGUUACACUGUUUGUUGGAAAGCCUGUCGAAUUGCAAAUCCAACAUGAAGCAUAAGUCGACUGCUUGGAGUUCGUGAUAAAUGCUGCUUUUUCACACAAAUCAAUACGAGUAUUUUCUGUUCCAAGUUGACGUUUAUUGUGAACCAUAAACACGGUUCACGGUGUUAUUUGUGAGAGUGAGCAGGACGGUAUCAAAACACGGCUCACAGUAAGUCAAGACGACAAAAGAUGGAAACAUUUACAUGUAGUUACAUACGUAUACAAUGCAGUGGUGGAAGUAUUUGGACCAAGACAAUAUGUCAAUCUUGACGUUUUAGUGCCGAUGAAGCAAAUUUAUGUGUAUAGAAUUGCUGCAUAGAAUGUUUUCAAGCUGAUCCUUUCAAAAAAAUGUUUAUAAACAUUGUCAACUGCGAAAUAUAUGUGUAGUAUUCUCUCGCACAAUUCCCCCCUUAUAAUGAUCAAAUUCCCCCUUAGGGGGGAAUUCCCCACCGGUUGAAAAUCACUGUGUUAGAGGCAAAGAAGAAAAUAAGCUUUCUGCACCGAAAGCGUAUAUGAUAGCUUUGCUUGCAUGCUGGUGUGCAAUGAAGUGCGAGCCGAUGCAGAGUUGUCUCCUUCUCUUUUGUGUCGUGAUUUGCAGCACAUAACAACAAUAGAAUACCGCUGGGGGAAAUGUUUCCUGAAAGAUCAUAUUUAAACGGACGAAAGCGAUUUUUUCAAUGAGUGGAUCAUUUGGCAAACACUGGUAUUAAUUUAACAAUGUAUUUCAAUGUGAUGUUUUUAUAUAAAAGAGAUUUUGUCGCUUGAGACACCAAAGUGUUGGCUAAAUUCUGCUGUUGUGAUUUUUGUCCCACAUUCCUAUGCAUGCAACGCACUGUGCGAUGUUUUGUGUGGGUGACUACUUUGUUUGAUACUGAGUACCGUUAUCUAUUACUCAUAGGAGCACCGUAUUGUUUCGUGAACAGGUUCACUAGACACUAAGCUUCGUUAAGGAAAAGCAUAAGCUCAUACUUGGUUGAGUGAAAUAUGAGAUUAGCAUGGUUUCUUGCUGUGGUAGUUGAGAGCAGACAAACGAUCACAAAGAGUUAAUUAUCAUUUGAAUAGGCUUCAUAUCGCUUCAGUUUCACAUGUGAAAGGACGAUGAUUGCUUCCAAUUGAAAGUUUUAAUAUGAUUUCAUGAGGAGGCGAUCUGGCGUAGUGGUAACAUACCUCUCACGCUAAAGGUCACGAGCUCGAUUCUCACUCCCGACAUUCUUCCAAAAAUGGAAGUAAAAAGUGACGAACCAGUCAAAUGAGUUGAAAAUCACUAUAAUACAGAUAAAAAAAAAAAUAUGAUUUCAUUUCUCCAAACUGGAUUAUACCGGACCGUCUUCCAAAAAAGUGGAAUUAACGUUUUACAAGGCCGUGGAAACUAGGCAACGAAUCGACUUCAACUUUAGAGAAUAUAAUGCUUACAUGAGGAAUAACACAUAUUCACCUUUGAAAAUUUUUUAACUAUUGAAACAGUUGAAAAAAUUGGUGGCAAUAUAGUUACCACGGCCCGUUAAUCUCAAAAACACUGUCUUGUAAUUCCACUUUAUUGCGCCUUUGGUUAGGCAAAAAUCAAAACAAUAUUUCUAGUGCAACGAACAAACCUGUUUUUAUAUAGAGUUUCAAAAAAAAAAAAAAAAUUAGAAUAUUUCAUCAAAUACACCAUUCAUUUUAUUGAAAAAAGUUGAUGUCACGGACGGGAGCUUAACAUAGGUCUGUGAUUGUGUGUAGUAAUUGCAUUUGAAUUGAGUUUUUUCAUUUUUCAAAAUCUGUUUUUUUUUCUCUUUUGAUACAUCAAAAAGAAAUUCUGAAAAAAACGUUUCCGGUAUAAACUUGUAUUCUUUAACGGGUUAAAUGAGAUAACGUGAUAGAAUCCGGAACCACAUAAUCCUCAAAUUGUUAACUUUUUUUACUAUAUUCACUGUUCAUGUUCUAAGCAAAAAAAUGCUGGAUAAAUUUCCUGUCUGAUGGUAUGUAACACAACAUAUGUCGCAAUAGAGAAUUUGGGUAAAACGCGUUUGAAAACUCUUAAUGAAACGUUACAUUUUUUGUAGAGUGACCCCCCUAUAUAGAGAUCAAAGACAUAGUCCUAUGUCCAAACUGCAUGAUCUAACCUAGUUGAUCCUAAAUCGUACGUUUACACUGAAAAACACUGCAUUUUUAACGAAUUUUAACAGAAUUUGCUGUCGGUGCUCUAAAAUCGUGGAUUUGUUAUAUAAAAAUGACUCCCAAAUUAAUAUCGUACAUUUUUAGCAGCCAAAAAAUGGCAGUAUUCCAAGUGCAGCGAAAAGAAUAUUUAAUUAAAAUAUACACGCGACAAAAAAAUUAGGGGAACAGAGUGCGGAAAUUCGGAAAUUUUAAGUGAUUUUUGACAUGCUGUAACUUCGUGAAAAAUCAACGCACAUCCAUGGGAUGUACAUCAUUUUGAAGCUACAACUUUCAGGUGUUAGAAUAUUUUACGUACAUAUUUUUAUCUUGGUGUGUAGUGGGUAACAGUAUCGGGAAGAAAUGAAAAAUCGAUAUUUCUCUGUUUUUUCAAAGAUUUUCUGGACUAACACAAUUUUUUGCUAACCAACUCAACAGCAAAUCCAAUUAACCUUCUCAACCAGCUUUUAUUUGGUUCUUAGAAUGUUUCUGUAGGACCUUUCCAUACAGAGAUAUUUCAGUUUGAAUAGAAAAUGAUGAAUCAUUCAAUAAACAACCAUCGCACGGCAAAUCGAAAAGCACUUUUGAAAACUCCAAUAAAUUCUGCACAUGGAUAAUUUGUUAAUAAAUAAAAUUAUUAUUUUAAUUUAAUUUAUUUUUCUUAUCUUUGGGUUGUUAAAGUCGUAUCAAUACAUCCAGAUAAAUCAUAAAAAGGUUUUUUCAUAACCCUCUUAAUGUAUGAUUUAUAUAUGGUUUUGAUGAAUUUUGCCUUUAAAUUUUCUAUCAAUUUCAUUCCUGAGCCGAUACAUCGUUCUUCGCUUUCAAAAUAGAGUAAUGAUGGACUCUAGGAGGCAACCGAUUUCUGGACAUUGUUUUGUUGGCUUUGUAAAGCGAAAAUAUUCGCGAAACACUCGCUGAUAAUGUGGAACUAUCAAAAAGUGUCUUACAAACGACCUUUGCAAUAGAUAAAAAAAAAUUCCGAUCACGCCUUUUGACAACAGCUGGGACCAAGUUAUAUCUGAGUCAUUUAAUUUUUUCCCCAUAAGAUUCGUCUUGAGCAGCAUCAAUUAGUUAUCCAAGCCUUGUCUAUUACCUGCUUCAACGUAUUGAGGGAAUUGGCGCAUCAAAUCAUUAAGGUUUGGUUAGCUUGACGAAAGUUUGAGGGUUUAUCAAGGUCGAAGUUUUGAUAACCGGAUCGCUGAAAAUCAAAACGCUUGGAAAUGUGUUUAACGAGUUCAAUAUAGAAGUCCCGUCAACUCGAUUUGGAGAUCAACUUCCUAGCUGCAUCCAAUCUUCUGCAUCGAUACCAACGUAAACAUCCUCAGGCUUCUCCAGAAAGUCUUCAAAAUUCUUUCACAUCAAGGUCAGCAUCAGCGAAUCAUUGUACGUUGCUCUUCAAACAUAAAAUACUCAACAUGAUUCACAAUAACGUUCUUGUCUCAUUCUAAUGUUCGCAAAAUUGAGAAGUUAUUGAUGAGCGGUAGAACAUAAUUCAGGAACAGCAUAAUCGAUUUAGUCAUAAAAUGCCCAACUUGAAAGCACUGCAAAUCGCUCAAGAUCUCACAUAACCACUGCCUCCAACAAAAGCCAUAUCGUUACUGAUGGAUGGAGAAUAUUCAACGACUUAGGUUCAACGAUUUCCUGUAUGGACUUAAAUUCAGCAGAAAGUUUUGGGCUGUUUGACGUAUAACUGUAGAUAUCACGCAUAAGUUGUUCUACGUAAAGGGUGUGUCACAUCAAAUUGCAUCACGGAAAAAACGCUGUAGAAAUUUAAUUUUUAGGAAUUAUAUCUUAAGCUUUCGCUUAUAAUCAGAUAAGAGUGUAUAGAUCACGUUGGCCAUGCUUCACUGUCAAUUUUUCGUAAAUUUGGAAAAAUGUCGUCGAACGAAAAAGAGCGUCGUGAAUUAAUCCUGUGCACUCAUUUCGAGAAUCCGGAGUUGUCACAUCGGGACAUCGGUACGAUGCUGGGAAUCGUCCAAUCCACGGUCAGCAAAGUACUAAAACGAUACUUCGAGAACCUAACCAUCGACCGGAAGGUGAAGAACGGCAAAAAUGGAUGCUCCGUCAGUGAAAAAGAUCACAAGCGCGUAGUUAAGCAGUUUAGACGUGAUCCGAGAAGUUCGGUCCGGGAUGUCGCCAAUAAGCACCCUUUAUACUAGAUUUUUGACGUGUGACUACGUCUAACCGGAAUAUAUAGGGGGUAAAAUGAAAACAUAAACACUGAACAUGCAGGAAAAAAUGCAAGAUUUCGAAUGCUUAUAACUCGAACAUUUCUUACUGGAUCGGAAAGAUGUUUGCAUCAAUUGAUAGGGAAUAUUUCUACGCGUCUAUCGCAAUUAAUAAAAUGUUAUUUUGCAUUAGAUUAAUAAUUGAAUAACUGUAAAAUGUUAAGCGUUAUCUAUACGCCCUAACUGCCUCGUUUUGAUUGGCCCGCUUUACGGUUUCCCCAACACAGACUUUAAAACCAAGCAGCCUUGGGGAAAUCGGAAUUGCAAAUACAUGAAAGUUGGGGAACUUUUGUUCUCUCCGGAAUGUGUUCCCUAACACAGACCUCAAAACCAAGCAGCGUUGGAGAAAUCGACAUUGCAAAUACAUGAAAGUAAGGGGAACUUAUGUUCCCACCGAAAUGUGUUUCCCUAACACAGACUUCUAAUCCAAGGAGCGUGGGGAAGUUGGCAUUGCAAAUACAUGCAAGUCGAAGGCAUUUUUGUUCCGACUGAAAUGUGUUUCCCCAACACUUCGAAUCCAUAGAGCGAGGGGAAAUCGGAAUUACAAAUACAUGCAAAUCGGGGGCAUUUUUGUUCCGACUAAAUAUGUUUCCUCAACACAGGCUUCAGAACCAAGGUGUCUAGGGAAAUUGGGAUAGCAAAUACAUGCAAACUGCGAGUACUUUUGUACUCGCUUGCCUUUGUGCAGACUAGAGCGCGUUUCCCUAAUACGGUCUUCUAAACUUAGGUACAGCGCGAACUCGAUUAUAUACAGUUUCUGAUUUCUUUUUACUGUAUAUAAUCGAAUCCUGUAUAUAAACAGAAAACACCUUUCUCACAUGAAAAAAAUGAAUUUAUCCAAAUUCUCUCAGGAGGUGAUAGACGAUUAUAUUUGAUGAAAAAAAUCCUUCUACGCAUAUGUUCGAAUUUCAACAAUGACAGAGUUAUAGAACUUUUUUUUGUUUCGGACUCUGUUGCCUCAAACUACAUUACAAAGUACGCUACAGAAGACGAUUCUGUUGCUUUCAUUUGAAAGAUGAGAAAAUUUAGUACAGGAUAUAGUAGUGAAACAUUUUGGAAGUGAAAAACUUAAAAGUUAAUAAUUUUCAAUGUGUUAUUAUUAAUUUCAUCCUUAAAAUUUAUAUUUAACUAGAUUGUUUCUAUCAAUUAAAUUGAAGCUUUUUAACCGCUCUACAGUCUGUUUAUUGACACCCAAUUUCUUUCUUAGUUUGGCUGCAAUAUCGAUAUAAACAAUUCCUGGUGAACAUUCAAACAAAAUCUUCAAAAAACACGAUUUUUACCGCACUGUACAUAUAAUAGCCACUUAAAUUACACCUUAACGUUCAAAGGUUAGAGUUCUUCUUGAAAUGAGUCAUAUUUGAAACAUAAAAAAAAAUCCAAACUGUAAACGAGUCCAAAAUUGUAUAUAAUCGAAUCACAUAUGAUCGAGUCUCUAUAUAAUCGAGUCCGACCUGUACAUGGUAAAAUCGUUUAGACACUAGAGACAUGGCAUUUGUUCGAACUUUUUACUCACAACGCAAAUAUAUUGAAUUCAAUUCGUAUUGUUUCAUUCAAUUUCAUUCAAUUCAAUUUAAUCAAUACAAACAAAUGAUUACUAAGCUAAGGUAGUCCCACGUCAACCUUGCGGUUAUAUCAUAGAUAUAACCCACCCAUUUUUUUUUCACAAGCAUAGCUACCACACAGUGCCAAAGAAUGACAUGUUUGGGGCUUAGAAUGAAAAGGGGUGUAAGUGAUUUGAUCGAUUUCUCUACAUCGACUCUCCCUUUUGGUCAUAACUUAGCUGCAAAUACAUUCCCAGCUGUAUUUGACAAUGUGGAAGAUAGGUCAGAACUUCAUCUAUCGGAUUCUAUAGCAGACUCCUUUUUGCAGUUAAGUUAUUAACUAAAUAAAAACUUGAUGAAGAGAAAUCGAUCAAGUCACUUACAUUACAUUCCCCUUGCAUUCUGAGCCCCUCAUAUAUAUUUAAUAGCGAUCAUAUCAGAACCCUUCUUUUUGAACAAUCGCAUUACUGAGUUGUUAUGACCCAUCAGAGCCAAAUCCCGUUAGUCGAUUCUUAUAAUCGAUUUUACCUUUGGCAAACUGCACAGUAGCGGAAGGGUAACGGGAUCAGCAAAGACAACCUUUAUUGCAGCAUAACAAUCAUCUUUUGCAGGCAAAGAUUCCUUAUCCAUUAUCCUGACCACCAGGGCCAGAGUUUUAUGACUGCUCAGGUCGGUAGAUUCAUCUCCUUUAAUAGCAAAGUCAUUGUUCCUCAUGCGCUCUACUAGUUCAUCAUGUUGAGUUAUGGCUAUGACCGAUUCAACUACAUAAGCUGCUUUCGUUCUGCCGAAUGGGAUUAAAAAAACAAAUCUGUAAAUUCUGUAUCUUGGCGAAAAUCUGUAAUUCUGUAUGUACAGAUUCUGUAUCUGAAAUUUGGCGAAACAUCUGUAAAAUACAGAAUAUUCUGUAAAUAUGGCAACCAUGCUCGCACCUUACGCUUAACUCCACUCCACACUUAACUCUGUACAAUUUUUUUUUUCCCAAAAUAUAUAUUUUAUUAAGGCACAUGUGGCGUUAGCCUGACGGGGCCGGGAGUCCAAUAUUUUGACAAUUUUUGUCUUACAACUAUGUUAGUAAUAUGUAACCGAUUACUCGCGGUUGGCUCGAGGUUAGUAUUACAAGUGUUCUCAUAAUUGGUAUGUUGCAGUCUUCGAUGCUCUGUACGUGUGCCCAACACGGGAUACUUCCUAUUGGGAUGCAGCUGACCAUUAAUCAGCAACGCCCCCCUAGUCUGUACCCCAUAUCUAGCGUGGUGCGUCUUUCUCGCCUCGAGGAAUCCAGGAUAGAAUGGUCACUAGCCGGCGCAAUCAUCAGCUCGUGUAGAGUUGUCAUGAGCGGUACAACCUUUGGCUCUUGUUGAAUGAUCAGUGGACUGCACAACCUUCGUGCAUCUGUAAAGAGUAUGUGUAUGUAUUGCCGCGACUAAGUAAAAGUUUAUCAACUCUGUACAAUAUCCACCUGCAGCUUCUUCUGGAGGAGGUUUAACUCUGUACAAUAUCCACCUGCAGCUUCUUCUGUACGGAAAACCCCCUUUUUUAUGUCUUCCUAAGGGUUGACCUCCUUGAGAUACUUCCGUAGUGCCUGCUUCAUAAUAUCUCAGUAUUUUUCGAUGGGCCUUAGUUCCAGAGCAUUGGGGAGGGUCAUGUCCUCGGGUACGAAAGAGACCCCGCUGGCUUCGUACCACUCCAGAACAUUCUUUGAAUAGAUCGUAGAAGAUAGUAGGACUCUUGUGUUUUUCCAACAGAGGGAGCAGACGCUUCUGUGUGCACUGUUGGGACUUAGAACUUGAAUAUUGCGUUGACACGUAUUGCAAUAUAGUUAAUCCAGGUGUGAAGUUCGCUGGUUUAUUCAUAUUUCAUGCUUCCAGUGGUAGUGACUACUCUGGAAGUGAAUUGCAUCCUUUUACCGGUACGGUUGAACGAAAUGGUAGCAUGUUUCCGUUUUCCAGACGAUGUCUGGAACCUGCUAGAUGGGCUGAAAAGUCCCGGGAUUUUUCAACAGAUGACGUCACUAAAAAUGAACAAGAUUCAUUUCGAGAGGUUUGUCUUUCACUAGCUCAUGUGUGAAGUUGAUGACAUUUCGUUCAUAUGUUCACAAACGGCAGUUUUUUCAGUGUCACCUGAGUAUAGAAAAUGGAAAUAGACGAAUAUCGUAUUACUCCUGAACAAUCAAAGUUAUUCCACUUCUGCUCAAUCGAGAACGCGGUUUAUCAGCGGUUUUGUGAAUAUAAAAUGAGCCGUACAAGCACCGCAGAUGCACCUCGCUCUAGAAGGCCGAAAGAGGCUACGAAUCCAGAAAUCUUAAAACAAGUGCAUCGACUCGUUUUGAACGAUCGUAAAGUGAAGUUACGUGAGUUAGCUAAGGUCGUAGGUAUUUCAAAAGAUCGAGUGGGACACAUUUUGCACGACAUUUUGGACAUGAAAAGGCUACCCGCGCGAUGGGUGCCUCGAUCAUGAACCUGGUGAGUUGCUUUAGCUACGGAUGCUAGUGUUAACAUGCUAUCACAUAUUCAAUAUUAUCACUAUCCAUGGAGGGCCAAAAAUGGCAGAUGACCACGUGGUCCAUUAUCUUGCUUCUUAUUUAUAUUUCCAUACAGUGUAGAUGUAAUUUAAGCAAACUAAAUGCAUGUACUGAGCGGCACAAACCAUUUCCAAAGCAGCGAAGCAAUAAAAUCUUCAAGUUAACUCUACGCCUCUACAUUAACAUGUACUGUUGAUUCCUCACUGUCUCGAGCGACACUGAAAAACUGUUUUCAGUAUCUCUUAACAAAACCAUGGCCAAACACGCAUACUGCAGCCUCAGGUGAUCUUAUAUUUGAAAACGCUCGAAUGCCGACGCGAAGUAGCUUUCCACCGAGUCUUCACUUCGGAUUUGAGAACAAUAAUCUUGAAAUUAUAUCAGAAUGCGAUCUUUUAUUCAUAACUCACUCUUCAAAGCGUUUCCGCUGGCUGAAAAAUGAAUGUUUCGCAAAUAGUAAUAUAAUUUACAUAAUAUAAAUUAUUUACGCAAAUAAUAAUAUAAAUGAGGGGCUUAGAAUGAAAGGGGUGUAAGUGAUUUGAUCGAUUUCUCUACAUCGACUCUCUCUUUUGGUCAUAGCUUAGCCUCAAAUACAUUCUCAGCUGUAUUUGACAAUGUGGAAGAUAGGUCAGAACCUCACCUAUCAGAUUCUAUAGCAAACUUAAAUUGGAACGUUUUUGCAAUUGAGUCAAUAACUAAAGAAAAAGUUGAUGAAGAGAAAUCGAUCAAGUCACUUACACCCCUUGCAUUCUAAGCCCCUCAAAUAAUAUAAUUCACAAUCAUUCUCUUUUGCUUUGCUUCUGCGCGUCAGUGCAAGCUUCAAACUAUGCUUGCUCUCGGUAUAUUCUGAAACCAAAAAAAGUUCUAUAGAGGCUUUAAGCCCAUUCCCCUUGGCCCUUGAAAAAAAAUUAUAGGAAGUUGUGUCCUAGAUACGACCGCAUUGUUGACGUAGAACUACGCUGUUAUAUUAUAAAAGUCGCUUGUUUAAACCUUCGGAUAUUAUUCUAUAAUGCUGUGAAAUUUUAGAAACAACUGCUUAGUAGAAUAAUCUCUGAAAUGUUUUUUUUAUUGUAGAAACAGUUGACGAUAAUUGACUGAUGAUUCAUUCUUGCCUUCGCAGAACAAUACACUAGCUGAUCGUAUGUCGCAAUUUAUUUCAUGUCAAUGCAUUGAAAAUUUACCUCGAAAGCUAUUCCGGUGGUCUUUUUCGCAAUUGACAUAUACUCGAUUACAUUCGAUUAUAUCAAUAUAACUUUGGCACCGCGAGGAAACAACAAAGACAACAAUUGCAAGCAUAAAAUAUCAUGCUACAUGUUAUUUAGUAUUGCAUCAAAGGAAUCGCACCUCCAGGUAUCGUUCGUACAACGUAAACCAAGCGCCAAACAAGCGUUCGCCAAAGCAUGCAUACAGAGCCAUACGUUGGUGGCUUGAAACUACUAGGAAUAUAAACACUUAUCAUCAUUUUGCGCUAUUCUCAAAAGAAACACUUCUGUUUAUAUUACUGGCCUCGAAAAAAGUUGCAUUACUUUCUCAUACUCGAGAUAAGCGCAGCCGUCACCCUUAGUGGAGGAAGUUUUGCUACUGGCAAGCGAAACCUAAUCACAUACAAACUUCCAGAACGACAUUCACUUUCUUGGUGAUCAAACAAGUCAAAUAAACUCUUUUUUUAAUAUCAACAACCUCGAAAACAGUAGCAUUGCUUCAUUAUGAUCAAGACUAGUGCAAAUGCAAUCCUAGUUGAAGGCAGUUUUGCGACUGGCACGCGAACCCAAAUAACUUAUAUAACAUUCCAGUACGACAUUCAAGAUGCUUGGUAUUCCCCAAAUGAUUUUUUGGCGCACAACCUUAUCGCCUGCUUCGCAAUAACGUCAGUGUAAUGCAUUCAUGCAAUGUCAAAAGCACUAACGAAGUCCUUAUGAUGACGGAGAACAAACAAUGUUAACUGCUUGGAAAAAGACUGAAUUAUGCCACACAGCUUGUACUCUGCUGUAACACCCAUCGAUGCGAAUUCGCUGAUAGGUUUGUCAAGAGCAACCGCCUUCACCACCAGCGGGAGGAACUGGUUGCUGCCUGGGUAACGGCUUUUACUUUUUCCACCGACGCGCCGAAGUCGCCAACUUCGCUGUUGUUCGAUGCGAAGGCUCGGUUCAGUGCGAGUGCUUUUGACUGCAUCAACAUCGCGUGCAUCAUUAGAUGACGCUUGCCUCGAAAUUUUAUUGCCCCUGACAAUGCGUUCGUUUUUUGCUGGGCUCGAGCCAGCCUUCCUCUUAUUCUUGUUCAUCACACACUAUGCGGAGCAUCCAAUUUAUGACGCGGAAAGAAAAACACACGAUACGAAUAACGCGAAAAACGAACUGGAAAAACCACACGACGAUAUCCAAUUUGAAUUACCACUGGUGGGGUCCAAUCUUAGACCGAAGCGCAGUGAAAGCAAAGUGAACUGGAUUGCUCAACAGUCCGAUGCCGAAUGAAAGUUUGCCUUCUUCUUCUUUCUUUGUUUUUAAGAGGCUUUAAACUUUGCAGUUCAUUCGCCUCUAACAGUUUGCCUCAGCGAGAUCCACUGUUUAUACUCUAGGCAAGUAUUCCCCUUCAUUCUUCUUCAUUUCAUUUCAGAAAGCACACAAAUGGACAGAACAAAUGUAUGGGAAAAUGGAAACGCUUAAAGUUUUCAUGAAUUUUAACCAUUUACAAACCAAGGGAUUCUAAUGUAUAGCAUAUUAAACAAAUCUUAGGGAAUUUCCGAUUCGUUUGGUAUGUAAAUCGCCAAAAUCCAUUCGCGGCAAAAAUAGUUAUUAACGUUAACUUUAUUUCAUUAAAACGUGACCUGUUUUCUGAUUUGGCACCCUUAAUGAAAUACGUAGUUCUACGUCAAAAGGCGUUUUGAAAAGCUAACGCUAAACUCCAAUUAUUGACCUGGAAAAAGGCCCUUUGGAAGCCACGCCGUAACUGCCAUUUGUUUACUAGCUGGAUGACUAAUCAAUCGUGCAUAGGGUACCAGAAUACCACAUUUCUUAACCACCUCAAUCUACCUUUGACUACGCAUGAAAAUAACAAUACAGGAGCACUCUCAACCAGACGGCAUGAAAAUCGACGCGGGUCCUCAUCCAAACAAAAUUCCAUUACUGUGUGUGUUGGAUCGAUAGACGGGAGCAGAGGCUCACGAUCCUUCAGUGGAAGUGGGAGCUCUCUUGGAAAAAUAGUAAAGAACUGAUAAAUUGACACCUUAUGCUUGGUAAAUGAUGGAAGAAAAUACGUUGCGCCAGAGCGAAGUGUUGAUGCGUUGUAUUUUCGUUCAGGCUGUAAUAGGAAAAAAAACUGAAACGAUUAUGUGCAUGCUGCAUUGUUACCGCUCCUGUUGCUGAUAUUGGACUUGAAUACUUUGCUUGCAUUCGGGUUCUCCUUGAAUUUGGUUGAUGGUGCUAAGUACUUCAUGGUUAGAAAAUGACUGCUUGUUUCGAAGCGGGCAGCAAUUUUUAUGUAUAUUGGCUGGUAGAAAAAUCACACAAUGGUGGGGCUUGCGACGCAAUCUUUCAAUUCUCUUUAGGAACUGAACAGCAAUAUUUUUCAUUCUUUUUUUUUUGUAUCGAGCAAAACCGUUCGAUUCGUUCAAAUCGCCAAACAUAUUCCGAGAAAACAAAUAAUCCUGUUCUGAAUCGCAUGUCGGGCAAGAGUUACAUUUUAUGGCUCGUGGUGUACUGGAUGUUUCAGUUGAAGCCGAUUUGUCUAAAAUACACAUUGCAGACAGAUAAUUUUUUCAUUUAUUUAUCCUGGCGGUAUUCACGCUGGAAUAUUUUAUUCUCUAGACGUAAUCAAUCAUUUCAAUACUGAGUUUUGAAAACAGCCCGUUAGAACAACAUGAACAAAUCCAUUUGUCUGUGACACAGAAUGCUCACGAAUAGCAGUUCACUCACCACUGUUAAAUCGAAAAGUCCAGAAACUAUUCACUAACGUACACAAACUAUGAAUCGAUCAUCAAACGAAGCCUUUUGAAUUCAGUCUUUCAAGAUACCAUUUUGUCGAUAUUAAUAAAAACCAAAAUAAGUGUAAACUAAACCAUUAAAAAUCAUCAAAUCCUAUGCGUGUUUUAUCUCAUUCCCUCUCUAGCCACAAGUAAUAAUAAAUUGAAAAGAAACAAAAAAACAUAAUACGGUUUAGAAUUAAAGAUAUCAAAUAACACAUACUUAAAAGAAAUCAUGUAAAAUAUAUAAAAUAAUCCUAAAACGAGGAGCAAAAACAGCAAAACAAAACCAAAAAACCAUUUCAAACUCUUGUCGUAUUUAGAUGUGGUACAACAAUGUGUGACUAUGAGCCAAAAGCAAACGUUAUAAGGAUAAGUGAGUAACAAUGCAUCGAGAUGCCCGAUGUAGGCACUGUCGGACUGUCUUUCUGUGACAGAUUCGAACAUUGGGGAAGGUGAACUUUGUAAUUUUAUACACAGCCCAAAAAAAAAGAAGUUCGUCGUUAUUGUGGAAUCAAAUGGAACCAAAAAAAAAAAAACAAACAAAAGAAAACGGAUCGAGGGAAAGAUAAAUCCAAUUUUUGUAACCUUCAAUGUAUGUUCUAAACAAAAAACCAAAAUGAAGCAACCUUCAAGUGCGUAACUAUUAACACACCGUUGUCCAUCGUCUUUCCGACAAAAAAUAUAUUGACUAUUUAAACAAUUACACCUUUGUGAUACUAUUCUAUGCAUGGCAAAGCUUUUGAGAAAAGAGGGAAGCAGUAAAAAAAAAGUUUGUUUUUGAGUUGUUCGGUAGAUGGAGGAAACUGACAAGAAAAUAGGAAUCCCAUGUUUUACAACACUUAUUUUCAAACACACACACUGGAAAAUCUAACGAAGAAAUGAUUCAACUCACAGAGUCACAUGUGUAAAUACAAUUUUUUUAGGCGCAAGCAUAACAAACACAACUCUGAUUGGUAGAUAGAAAGAUAGCAAUUGAAAUCCCGAACAAGGCAAACGAAUAUUAAAUAAUUGCAUCAAACAAACAAAAAAAUUGAAACUGACCAAAAGAAAGGCCAAACAUUUUUCUCUUACCGAAAUUCAUAGGAAGCUAGGCAAAGGCAAAUAAACAAGCAGAAACAAAUGAUCAUUUUUCUCUCCUGUUGAUAGUUAGUCCUCUUCUAAGUAACACAAAAAAAAUAACAUUUACAACUCAUUCAUUCAACAUUAUGAUGCUUUCCAAUGUUGUAUUGAGUUGCGCGAACGAAACGUGAAAUCAUUGAUUAGUUGUAGGCGAGGGCGCUGUAUCAGUUGUGUCCCUCGGAAAUAUGUGCAUCUCAACGAAUCAAAGAAAUGAAAAACGUGUAGAAGUGAUACCAGUUUAAUUUAAUUCGUUAAGGAAAGCGCACGUUCCCUACUAUAGUUACCACAUUUUAAUAGCGAAAUAGAGCAACUUUACAAGCGGACUGUUUGCUUGAGCUUUCCGAUAAAUUCUCGAACACAGGUGGAAUCAUUUACAAAGUAUGUUUUAGGGAACGAACGAUUAUGAAUUAACAUAUUGGAGGAAACUCAAACUAGAAAGAGAUUUCUUAAUUUUUUGUCUUACUUCUGUAAUGUCAGAUUCAAAUAAAGAUUCAUGCAUUUUCUACUGAAUA